AUGGGAUCCAGAAGAUACGAUUCAAGAACUACUAUCUUUUCACCCGAGGGUCGUCUAUACCAAGUGGAAUAUGCAUUAGAAUCUAUCUCACAUGCUGGUACUGCCAUUGGUAUCAUGGCUGAAGAUGGAAUUGUACUUGCAGCCGAAAGGAAAGUUACUAGCAAACUUCUGGAACAAGAUACUUCAACGGAAAAGCUUUACAGGUUGAAUGACAAGAUUGUAGUUGCGGUGGCGGGUCUUACAUCAGACGCUGAAAUUCUAAUAAACACUGCUAGAAUCCAUGCUCAAAACUAUCUCAAAACUUACAACGAAGAUAUACCUGUAGAAAUUUUGGUGAAAAGGUUAAGUGAUAUUAAACAAGGUUAUACUCAACAUGGUGGUUUAAGACCUUUUGGUGUUUCCUUCAUUUACGCAGGUUAUGAUGAUCGUUAUGGUUACCAAUUGUAUACGUCAAAUCCUUCAGGUAAUUACACCGGUUGGAAAGCCAUUAGUGUGGGCGCUAAUACUUCAGCUGCUCAAACCCUACUACAAGUAGACUAUAAAGAUGAUAUUAAGGUUGAUGGUGCUAUUGAAUUAGCUCUAAAGACUCUGUCAAAAACAACAGAUUCUAGUGCUCUUACUUACGAUAGGGUCGAAUUCGCUACUAUUAAAUUGGGUGAAAAUGGUAAAUUGUACCAAAAAGUGUUCAAACCUGAAGAAAUCCAAACUCUAUUGGUAAAAAAUGGUAUCACCAAGGCUGGUGAAGAUGAAGAUGAAGAAUAA